GGAAAACCGUGUGGAGCUGGACGGGGAUUUAACGCGUGUGUUAUUAUAUAUUAUCUGUCAAUAUUUUUUGAUGUGUAGAGAUCUAUUUUUAACAGUCAAUGGUAGAGAUAUUUCCCGUUACCGUAACCAUCACAUGGUUAUUAGCUGCAGCGAGAAACAUUAAAAGCAGCUAAAUUCAUGUGGUCAUAGAUAACUAUUUAACACUUCUAUAUAUCUAGUAUGUACGUGGUGAACUUGACUAGCGAUAACGCUAGCUAACGUGCUAGAUAAGCAGCUAAUUUCCCCAAGAAGUUGAUGACCAUGUUGGGACUUUUAACGCCCCAAAGUCGUAAUGUAAAAGUAUUCAUCAAAGCGUUUAGACAGACAAGGCGAUCUAGAUAUUCAUCAAUUAGCUCUGUCCGCAACAUCCGCAGCUUUAUUUCAGAGAACACAGAGAUAGUUGGAGAGCAGAGCCUGACCCCAGAAGUCAAACUGAGACUGUUCACCCCAAACUGCAGAUUUUGGAGAGAAAGACCGGAACUCUGGCCUUUUGAUGACCCGUACUGGGCCAUAUACUGGCCAGGAGGACAGGCACUCUCAAGGUAUCUCCUUGAUAACCCUGCAGUGUGUCGGGGUAAGACCGUUCUGGAUCUGGGGAGCGGCUGUGGAGCCUCGGCCAUCGCUGCAAAACUAUGUGGUGCUGCUCAUGUAGUUGCCAAUGACAUUGACACUGUUGCAGUGGUUGCGACCCAGAUGAACUUUGAGUUGAACGGCUUGGAGCCAGCUGUUUGUUUGUCUAACAACAUGAUUGGUUCACAACCCGAGGGCUUUGACCUGAUCCUCCUCGGAGACAUGUUCUACGAAGAGGCCCUCGCCACCAGCCUUCACAGCUGGCUGGACCGCUGCAUCAGAACCCAAGGCACCAAAGUCCUGAUCGGAGAUCCUGGAAGAGCUCAGUUUGAGGAACACGGCAUCCGGCGACUCCUGCGUCAGCUGGCUCAGUUUGAGCUGCCUGAGUCUGUCAGAGAGGAGAACUACGGUCUGACCUGCAGCAGUGUUUGGUGCUACCGUCCUGAACUCUGAGGACCUUGUGCUUUCUUGUUUGAAUGUGAUAAAUAUGAACUCACUUUCUGUGAGAGGUGUUAUGUGUUUGCUUUGUACUUAUCUUCUUCACUCAGGGUCACUCAGUUCAGUUGUCACUUGUUGCCUUACGAAAAUACUAUCUCCCAAUGUGUUUUUAAUACCCAGGAUGCAUGUAAUCAAUACGACAAAGCAAAAUCUUUAUAUGUGGAUGUUUCAUUUCCUGUAACUGUUGCUUGGUAAAUAAUAAUAUAGUUUACAUACAGAAUUAAUAAGCAUUUAUUUUUCUUUUUAUAACUUGACCCAAUGAAUGUUGAAGUGCAGUGUACAAAAUCCUUUAAAUCCUAAUUUGUUUUUACGUUAUUUGGAGCAGAAGUCCCACUAGCUUUCAAUAGCAAAACAAAGCAUAGUAAUUACUGACCAAUAUGGAGCCCCCCUAUGUUCAAUAAUUAAUGGAUGAAUAUGUAAUUAUGUAACAAAGAAAUCUCAUAAUUGAAUCUGUUUUUUUAUUUUUAAAUAUUGACUUUGGGCUCCACAGUGUGAUUGAUUUUUGUGGUUAAAUAAUUAACAGCGUUCUGCUUUUCAUUCUUUAACACAAAUCUUGGCCCUUGUUUCAUAAUAAACGUGUCAUGCAGCAUU